AUGGAAGGGAGGAGUCCCAGCUGCCUGGAAGCGGAGGCCGAGGAGCUGACCUCCGAGGCCAGCUUGAACUCGGAGGUGUCCCGAGCCCUGGCGACGGCCUCCGGCGACGAAGUCGCCGAUGGCAGUCCCGAGGAUUCCCUGGAGGAUUCCACAGAUGACGGUCUCAAAGAUAGACCGAGCUCGGAUCUCAAGCUGAGCCCUUUGCGGAACGACGUUCAGGCCUCCUCGCUUUGCUCCCUGCUCCGUGCAGCCUCUGCUGGUACCUCGCAGGGCCUGAAGUUCGCAGAGGCCCGGAUCGGCCCGUGGGUGGAGGAGGCCAUGCACUGGGAGCCCAACCAGCUGCUUGCAGGAGCGGUGCACUUUUCCUACUUCAUGCUCUUCGCUUCCCUCUACACCCAGCUGCCGGGCCUCCACGGACCUCAGGGAAUUGAUCCCUACCACUUAUCCAAAGGCCUCAAUGACAGUCUCCUGCUCCGGCACGGACGCCGAGGGCGCUACUGGGCUGCGGAGCUCGCUGCGCUACUGGGCCUGGGCGCGUCUGGAGCCGCAACGGCGCUGCCCGCUCUCCGCAGCGGCUGGACGGGGCUCACUUUGUCUGGUGUGGAGUGGCUUCUGUGGAGAGACUUCAUGGUGUCUGGGGCAUCUUCGUUCCCCAUGGGCAUGACCUACCUGGCCAUGGAAGGCAGCAUUGGUGCCGCAGCCUUCGCUCUGAAUGCGCCCAGACUGGCCUCCUGGUUCUGGCGCUGGUGCUUGUUCCGGGGGCUGCUGGCAGGUGGGGCCCACAAGCUCCUCUUGUGCGACGCGAGUUGGAACAACCUGUCCGCUGUGCACUGGCACUUCCAAGGCAAUCCAAACCCCUCUGCUUUAUCCUGGUAUGCCUUCCGGCUGACCAGCAGCUAUCCCUCCCUGGGGCACCUGGCCACAGCCAGCACAUUGGCGAUCGAGAUGGUGGCGCCCUUCCUGUUCUUCUCGCCCAAUAGGGGCUUGCGGAUGCUUGGUUUGGCUGGGAAUAGCUUGCUGCAGCUAGGCAUCUUGGCAAGUGGCAACUACGGCCCGUUGAACUUCUACUUCCUGGCGCUGGGUCUAUCAUUGCUGCAGUCCGAGCGCCGCCGGCAACUGGCCGACACGGAUGCGAGCCGUGCAGUAGAAGAAGACACAGUGUGGCCUGCCGCAGCUGUGGGACUGGGCUCGGUUGUGGCCAUCGGUGCCGCCACGCGGCUCCUACCCACAAGCCCGGCGACCUGUCCCAGCGCGGGCCAUGCGGUCUACGCUCAGCUCACAGCCUCGUGGACCGAGUUGUCAGGGAUGCUUCGGGAAGGAGGGGAUGGGGCUUGA